GUCAGUGUGAGCUGUUAGCCGCUGCUAGGCCUCCGCGCUCCUUUGUUGUGCUUUUGCUUUCAAACAACCUCUGCUCUUAAAUUAACGGACGGCAUUAAAGCCGAUACCUUUUAUCUAACCAGUACCUGUCCUAAAAUCGCAUGUCCUCUAUCCAGAACCUCCAGUCUUUUGAUCCCUUUGCUGAUGCAACUAAGGGUGACGACUUGCUCCCGGCGGGGACAGAGGAUAAAAUCCACAUAAGGAUUCAACAGCGAAACGGUCGCAAGACACUUACUACAGUGCAAGGAAUUGCAGAUGAUUAUGACAAGAAAAAGCUUGUGAAAGCAUUCAAAAAGAAAUUUGCCUGUAAUGGUACUGUAAUCGAGCACCCUGAAUACGGAGAAGUUAUCCAGUUGCAAGGAGACCAAAGGAAAAACAUCUGCCAGUUUCUCCUCGAGAUCAACAUCGUAAAGGAAGAGCAGUUGAAGGUUCAUGGCUUUUAAAUAACGGUCUUGCCUGAAGAUCAAGAUUACAGAAGUUCUUAGGAAACCAGGCCUGAUUAUGGCUGUAAUAUUUUUCAGUGUAGUAUCAUGGCUUUCAAAAUGAAUGUUAGCUGUGUACGCAUUUUUAUAUUAUUUCAAGUUCACUAACUUUUUAAUUAUACACACAACUGCUUCCAAUCAGGGAUCGACUCGGACCUUUUGUUGACUGUGAUGGACAUAAGCUAGCUAUUUCUAUUCAAGAUGCAAUAAAGUGUUUUUUUUUUGGCACAUUUAUAUAAACCUGUUUCAAUUUCCUUUUUCAACCGUUUGGAACGUCACUCAUUUGCAACAAAUUUCAUAUUUGAAUCACCCAUGAUGUACACUGAUUUAUAUGAUUAACAGUAAACUAGGUUCUGUGAUCUAGUUUUCUCUUCUAAUAUACAAAGUCUUUGAUUUUAGUACUCGGCAAAGGUAAACAUGUGCCAAGGGGUUUGCCUGGCUGCAGUUACACACAUUUGUACAGUCUUGAUACUUCAACUUAAAUAAUAAAGCUGAAAUGUGAGUAA